AUGGUGAUAAAGGGUCAGAAGUCGCUGAACCCGCCCAACACCAACAUCUGGGUCGGGAACCUGCCCGCGAACAUAGACAAGGACGAGCUCACGGCCAUCUUCUCCAGAUUCGGCGACAUCUCCAGCGCCAGGGUCUUCCCGCCCAAGGGGAACGGCAGGUUCGCCAGCGCCAUGAUGCGAACGACGACCCAGGAGAGACGUGGCCACUUACAUUGUCGAGCAGCUGAGCGACACUAUUGUGGACGGGCUGGAGUUCCCCAUCGUCUGCAACUACGCCGGGGAGAAGAAGGAGACGCCCACGCCGCCGGCGGCGCCCGGCCGCCGCGCGACGCCGCGCCCGCGCUCCGCGCGUGGGAGCCGCGCGAGAGCCCCGCCGCCGCCCCGCGCUGGAGCGGCGGCGGCGCCCUGGGGCCGCCGGGUGACGGCGGCAAAGGAGGCGGCGCAAAAGGCCCGGGAGGCAAAGGUGGCAAAUUCGAGGCGGCCAAGGGCAGCAAAGGGGGCAAGGGCGACGGCGGCAAAGGCAAGAUCGGAAGCGGCAGAGUGGACAAGGGCGACACCGGCAAGGGCACCAAGGGGCGCAUCUGGCCAGGAGCCGGCAAGGGCGGCCGCGCCGACGCCGGCAGGGCCGGCGACGGCCGGCCGGCCAUCGCCCGCACCUUUGUGAAGAAGGGCCCGGACGGCAAGGAGGGGGAACCCGCCGUCCACGAACAUCUGGAUAGGGAGCCUCCCUGCCGACUGCGACAAGGACCGCCGCCGCCUCGUCGCCGAGGCUACGGCGAGAUCCUGAGCUGCAGGCUCUUUCCGCCCAAGAAGCCCGGAGGCCAGUCCAGCGCCAUGGCGCGGCUGGCGACGCAGGAUCCCCGAGCAGGCCUCGCGCAUCGUGGAAGACCUCGACGGCCAGAUCGUGCCUGGUCUGGAAGAGCCCAUCAGCUGCAACUACGCGAAGGCCCCGCGCUCAGAGCGUGCCCAGGCGAUCGCGGAACACGGCGGCGGCGAGCGCGCCUCCGGGGUCAGGGCGGACGCAGGACUGGAGCGCCGCACCACCGGGGCGCGGACAGCCGUGCCGACCACGGGGGCUACGGGAAGGCCCCGGCGGGAGGCGCCAGGUCCACGGGAGGACACUCCCGAGGCUGGCUGAAGCCCAAGGGCGCCGACACCGCUGGCAGCAACAGAGCGUCGCACCCGUAUGGGGGCAAAGGCGCCCGCGCCGUUGGCGCCAUCGGCGCCAUCGGCGCCAUCGGCGCCGUGGGCUCGUCCUCCAGCGCGAGCGCCGCGGCCAAGGAGGCCCCCAAGAAGCUGCCGCCCCUCUCCCGCGACCAGCUGGUGGCCGCCGCCCUCGCCGACGGGCUGCUGGGCGGCUCGGACACCGCCCCAGAGGCGAAGCUGUUCGUCAAGAACCUCCCCGGCGACAUGGACGACCUAGGGCUGUACCGGCUGUUCUCCCCGUUCGGGGCGCUGGUGCCGGGCCGCGUGAAGGCCAUGGCGUGGCCCGACGGGAAGUGCAAGGGCCACGGCUUCGUGGACUUCGCCGAGCAGCUCGCGGCGGAGCAGGCUAUGACGGCCUUGCACGGCUUCGAGGGGCUGCACGUGGUGCAGGCGGAGGCGACGGGUCGGUCGGCCCCGGCACCAGCAGCCGCCCCCCAGCCGGACGAGGAGGACGAGGACGAGCGCGCCUUCCAGGACAGAGGCGGAGGAGCCCGACGACGGCCUCGAUGA